AUGGCCGAGGCGGACCUCGCUGAGCUCGAGGGGCUCAUCUCCGAGUGCAAGCGUCCGCGGGUCAAGGCCCAGCUCGAGGCCACCGAGGCGGCUGCCGCUCCGCCGAGCGUGCCGUACAGCUCCAUCACCUCGUUUGCGUGGGACCAGGACGACUACGGCAAGGACCCGGCGAACGUGUACGUGCACCUGCUCUCCGGGUUCGAGGGCAUCGGCGAGGCCAAGGAGAGCGUGCAGUGCGACUUUGGCAAGCGGUCGUUUGACCUGCGCGUGCUCGGUUACAAGGGCAAGAACUGGCGCCUGCGCAAGGACGGUCUCGACAAGGAGAUCGACCCGGCGGGAAGCAGGGUCAAGGUGGGCAAGAACAAGAUCACGGUCGUGCUGCGCAAGGUCAAGGGCCAGUACGGGGCCGACCACUGGAUGGACCUCGUGGCCAAGCGGACCACCGGCGGCGCCACUCAAGACGACCCCUCCGCCGGCCUGAUGGACAUGAUGAAGCAGAUGUACGACGAGGGCGACGAUAACAUGAAGAAGACGCUGGGCGAGGCGAUGCUCAAGUCGCGCCAGGAGCAGAUGCGCGGCGGCAAGCUCGGGGACGACCUGUGA